AUGGCCGGGACACCACCUCCCUCCCACUCUGCGGCCAACAAGGCUGCUGCUGCUGAUGAUGCCACCGCCCAGGCAGAGAUCACAGCCGCCAAAGCCAAGGCUGUCACUGAAUCUGAACAGGCCACCGCUGCCGCCGCUGAGCGCCAGGCAGCGCGCAGAGCACAAAGCUACGCGCCAGGCAGCGUGCGAGGCCGCCUUGGCCCGCGCCACUACCGCUGCUCAGUGCAGAACAUCCAGAGUCUCAUCCACGUCACCCUCGACGUCAACUCCGGUAACUACACCCGCUGGCGAGAUCAGUUUCUUCUCGCCGUCGGGAAGUUCUCUCUCCAGGAGCACGUCCUCUCCGACGAGGCUUCCACCGGCUAUCCAGACUGGGCAUGCAUGGAUUGCGUUGUCAAGUCCUGGAUCUUCAGCACGAUCUCCGACGACCUCGCCAAGACGAUCUCCGUGCGCGGCUCCACCGCUCGCGCAGCCUGGCUCGCCGUGGAAUAUCAAUUCCUCGACAACCGCGAGACACGCGCCCUCUACCUCGACGCGAAGUUCUGUAGUUUCUCCCAGGGAGAUCUCUCCAUCACGGACUACUGCUGUCGCCUCAAGCAGAUGGCGGACGACCUCGGCGAGACCGUCACCGACCGCCAAGGACGCACUGCUCUUGGAGGGGCCUUGGCGCACCAGUCCUCCACGCCGACUACCUUCGUCGCCUCCCAGUCGUCCUCCCUUGCACCGGUGACUACAGGGGGUGGUGAGUCCCCUGGGGGAGGUGGUGCCGGCCACGACGGCGCCCCUCCAUCGUCCAAGGGUUGCCGCGGCAAGCACGGCGACAAGAAGGGUGGCUCUGGGCAGCCUGGCCCCGGUGGCAAGGGCCCCCAGACUGCCUCGGGUGCCCCCUGGCCCACCUACUGGAACCCGUGGACCGGGACCAUCCAGAUGUGGCCCGGUCCGCGGCCGCCCCUUGCGCCGAUCCCGCAGCCGCGCCCCUCCCAGCAGCAGCAGGCACAACAGCAGGCGCAGCAGCAUGCGCUGCUGGCCUCCUCGCCGUCCUUCCUGGCACCCCAGCAGGUGCAGCAGGUCGCCCCGGCGCCCCUUUCCGCAGCUCAGUGGGCACCGCCGACCCCCGGAUCCUACAACCCCAUUGCUGGUCUUCCAUCUUGGGACCAGCAAUCCCUCGCCUCGACGUUCAGCACUAUGACGCUAUCCCAGCCAUAG